AUGGCACGCCCCGACAAAAACAAGUGUUUAGGUGCAGAAGGUGCAUUCAAGCUGGUUUCCGAGGCAUGGAGUUUUCUAUCAGACAAGACCAAUAGACUAGAAUAUAACCAAAAGAGGAGUUCAAAAGGUUUUCAACAUAACACUUCAAACCAUGUUGCAUCUCAAUCAGAUACACCUAGUUCAAAUGGUUAUUAUAAUUUCAAGAAGGAUAACAUGAAAGCUGGAAAUAAUAACUCUCUGAGAUCUUCAUUUUCAGUUCCACCUACACACAGAAGAGCUGAAACCUUUUGGACUAUCUGCAAUCGAUGCAGGACACAUUAUGAAUAUAUGAGGAUUUAUUUGAAUCAUACCCUUUUGUGUCCCAAUUGUAAUAAAGCUUUUGUAGCUGUGGAGAGGGGUCUAACUCCCAAUGUCUUUAAGUCACCAAAUUGGUCUUCUCGACAACAGCAUCAGGGUUCUCGACAUCAAUCUGGAAGUAAUAACUCGAACUAUCAGUGGAGUUCUCAAUCGAGAAUGGCUGGUUUUGGUGGCACAGAUGGAUCAUCUUCUGUUGCUGCACAAGCUGCUAGUGUUGUGCAACAGGCAAGUGAGAAGGUGAGAAGAGACAGAGCACCAUGAAUUG